AUGGUAACCAUGGUGAUAGUACCCAGUUCCUCCAUCCUAUUGUUUCCCGGUUAGGCUCCUUCAAGGCCCAAACUAACUGAAAGCCAGACGCACCCUCUGAUGUGGUCUGCACAGGGCCCUAGGCUCAGCUCACCCCAUUCCUGGAGCAGCCUGCAGACCUCAGCCUCUCUUGUCCAUACCGGAGCAAGUCAGCCAGUCCUCGGCUGCCUGUAUUAACCUGCAUCAUGAAGCCUGAGGAAAUCUCAAGAACUGUGUGGAACUAGGAGUGUUACAGGGCUGCAGUCCCAGCCAUUUGGGAGGCUGAGGCAGGAUGGCUGCUUGAACUCUCAAGCGCCUGGAUGAUAUGAGACCCUGCCUCCUCCACCCAGCCCCCAAAGUAGCUUUUCAGCACGUUACUUUCUCACCUCCCUUUUCGACCCGUUCUGCCUUCUCCUGGGGUGCUGGUGUCAGCAGAAGCUGAUGGGGAAGAGGAAAAGCUUUUGGACUGCUGAAGGCCCAGCAGGAAGAGAGGCUGGAGGGGAUCAACAAGCACUUCCUCGAUGAUCCCAAAUACAGCAGUGAUGAGGAUCUGCCGUCCAAACUGGAAGCUUUCAAGACAAAAUACAUGGAGUUUGAUCUGAAUGGAAAUGGAGAUAUCGAUAUUAUGUCCUUGAAGCGAAUGCUGGAGAAGCUUGGGGUUCCCAAGACCCACCUAGAACUGAAGAAAUUAAUUAGAGAGGUGUCCAGUGGCUCAGAGGAGACGUUCAGCUACUCUGACUUUCUCAGAAUGAUGCUAGGCAAGAGAUCUGCCAUCUUAAGAAUGAUUCUGAUGUAUGAGGAGAAAAACAAAGAACACCAGAGGCCAACAGGUCCCCCAGCCAAGAAAGCUAUCUCGGAGUUGCCCUAAUUGGAGGUGGAUAUGACAUGGUGGGACUGAGGAGCCUCUAAUGACAGCAGCAUGGAAAAGAGAAGCAGUUGUGAGCCAGAGUCAAACUAAAUAAAUAAUGCUCCUAGUGGGCCAAGUCA